UUCCAGAAGCCGCCUUCUGAGGUCCCUCGCGGCUCCCUGUGGUCUUUGUUGGCGUCCGUCAUGGCGUACCGCGGCCAGGGCCAAAAGGUGCAGAAGGUGAUGGUGCAGCCCAUCAACCUCAUCUUCAGAUACCUGCAAAAUAGAUCUCGGAUUCAAGUGUGGCUUUAUGAGCAAGUGAAUAUGCGGAUAGAGGGCUGUAUCAUUGGUUUUGAUGAGUAUAUGAACCUCGUAUUAGAUGAUGCAGAAGAGAUUCAUUCUAAAACAAAGUCAAGAAAACAACUAGGUCGGAUCAUGCUAAAAGGAGAUAAUAUUACUCUGCUCCAAAGUGUCUCCAACUAGAAAUGACUAAUGAAGUGGGAAAUUGUUGAGAACCAAACAGUUUGUGUUUUGUAGGUGUCCUUUGUUGGGAAUGUAGUUCAUAAACAUUUAUUCAUAUUGCUUUCAUUACCUUUAUGUUACUCUCAGAUGACAAUAAAUGAUGUGGAAUUGUUUUUGUUAAAAAAUUUACAUGGUUUCUUUCUAUCCAGUGGUGAAGACCUUUUACAAAGUGGCACCAUUAGCUGUUGGUAUUUUAGUUUUCUGAAGGGUGGCUGUUGGCCAUGGGCAUUUGCUUUUCACAAAGUCUGAUCUAUAGAUUUUUUUUUUUUUUUUAAUAUGUCUUUAUUGAUUUCAGAGAGAGGAAAGGAGAGGAGGGAGAAAGAGAUAGAAACAUCAAUGAUGAGAGAGUCAUUGAUCAAGCCCACAACCGGGCAUAUGCCCGGCCAGGCUGAUGUAUAGAUUCUUAAGACAAAGAGUAGGAAUUCUACCUGACAUGUAAGCUUCUGAUAUUGGGUGGAAGAGAACAGGAGGGUUCACAAAAAUAGCCUAUUACACUAAUAAAUGUCACCUUCAUCAAUUUUAACUCUGGAUGCUACAGUUUCUACUAGUUAGAACACUAGUUUCUAACCACAGGAGGUUGGGGACAUAACAGCUACAGUAUUUCAUAGAGUCAUUGUGUGAGGUCUUUGUUAAUUAUUUUAUCACUAAGAUCCGAAUGUGAGAAGUAUUUGGGUAUGGGCAAAGAAUGAAAUGCCUUAAAAGUACAUUAGAAUGAGCUCUGUUAAGCGUAAGCAGGAGCGACACUGAGAUUGCUUAUUUCCUAAUUGAACUGUGUGGACAAAUCUCUCCUCCCCCAGGAUCUCACAGUGGUUCUAGUUAGAAUUCUGUUAAAUGGUUAUGGAGCAUCUGCUGUUAGAUAGACACAAAGUUGAAUAAAUACAGUGAGGCAGACUGGCAAACAAAUAGCUUCAAUACCACAUGUUAAGUGCUAUUUAAGUUGGAUCUUGAAAGAUGAGAAAGACCUUCCUUAAAAUUCUCGUGAUGGGCAGUAUUAUGAAGUGCGGGUGAGAAAGGACCGAGAAGGCCAUUUCCUGCUUUUCCAAGUGCCUGUGGAGGAGAUACAGAACUUUUCUUUAAACUGAGUGAAAGAAACCCUUUGUGAGAAAGAUUGUAGGUGAGUGUAGAAACCUAGCUUGCAACUUGGCAUUCUAGCUGUUCUGCUCCUAUUUGAACUUGUGCUUUUUUGGUAAUAUUUUGAAAUAAAGCGCUGCUUUAGCUCUUA